AUGCCGAAAAAGGCCGCCAUGCGGCGCGGCAAGCCGCCCGCCCCCGGCCAAGGGAAGAGGCGGCGCCACGGGCCGCAGCUCUCCAAGGCGAUGCGUCGGGAGCUCGACGCGAUGGGGCCUGGCCCUACCCGCGGAUCCGACGACGAGGAGGGGUCUGACGCGGUGGCCGAGGACGUGUACGAGUACGAGGAAGGGGUGCCCGAGGAGGAGUCCGGCAAGAACGGCCGCUACGACGCCGUGGCCAAGUACGAGUACAAUUUCGACAGCGACGCCUCCGAUGCGGAUGAGGAUGUGCCUUCGGAGGAAGGCGAGGAUAUGGAGGAAGAUGAUAAUGACGACGGUGAUGAUGAGGACAAGCAGAUAAGAAUACUUCAGGAGACGACUGGAAUGCCCAGAGAAGCUUUCGGUGGAAAGAAGAGGAAACAGCCAUUGGAGCUGCCUCUGCAGCAUGGUGAUGGAGAUGGACCUGUCACAAUUCAUGAUCUCUUGGACAACGUCCAGGGGAAACCUGGGUAUAGCAAGAUCCGUAAGAGGCUGCAGCAGCAGGAGAAAAAACGGAUGGUCGUGCUAGCCCCACUUCCAAAAGUAGAGAGGGACAAGAUUGAGCGCAACGUGACGUUUCAGAAAUCCAAGAAUGAGCUAACAAAGUGGGAAGGAAUUGUGAAGACUAACAGGGAAGCUCCUGUACUAUACUUUGAAAAUGAUACCAACUUGGGUGUGAACACUGUUGCGGCAAUUGCUAGCGAAUUUAAACCAAGGACUGAGUUUGAGAAGAGGAUUGCUGAGAUUACGCAAAGUACUGAUAUAAUAGAAGCACACAAGAACGAUGGUGCCAAAAUCCUGGAACUUAACAAGAUUGAUGUGGAAGAUGUGAGAGAACGCCAAAACCGCCUUGCUAAGAUGCGCAGCCUUCUAUUUCGCCAUGAGAUGAAAGCAAAGCGUGUGAAAAAGAUCAAGUCCAGGACAUAUCACCGGAUGUUGAAGAAGGACAAAUUGAAGGCAGCAUCAGCAGAUUUCGAGGCAGAUCCUGAAGCUGUCAAAGAUCAUGCUAGGAAACAAGAAUUUAAACGGGCAGAGGAAAGGAUGACAUUAAAGCACAAGAAUACAUCACAAUGGGCAAAGCGAAUCAUCAAGCGUGGAUUGUCUGUUCAAGAUGAAGGCACCCGAGCUGCUAUUGCAGCACAGCUCCAACAAAAUACUCUUCUGACUAGAAAAAUGAAUUCCAUGAAAGAUGAUUCUAGUAGUGAAGAAAGUUCAGAUGACGAUGAAGACGAGAGUGACUCAGAAGCAAAAAUCUUAAACAGAGGGAAAGAAAAGAUUCUUAAAGCUCUUGAAGAAGACAAUGAGAUACCGAAUUCUGCAGUUUUUUCGUUGCCUUUCAUGGAGCGUGCUAUGAAAAAACGUGAGGAAGCAACUUAUGAGGAAGCACGACAGGCUCUUGAAGAAUACGAUGAUUCCUUGAAGAAAUUGGAGGAGAAUAACACUGAACAGAAUGAAGACUCAAUUAAGGUGUCAGGUAAAAGAACAUUUGGGCCUGUCAAAAAUACACACGAAGAGUUCAAGAAGAGGAGAAAAUUACAUGAUACUGAAAACAGCAGUGAUAGCGAGUAUGAUUCUGAGCCUGCCCAACAUUUGAGCAAUAAUGAAGUAACUAUGAAACAUGAUGAUAUCCAAUUGGGGAAUGCACUACUGGAUGAUGAACCGCAGAAUGAUAUAUACAAAAGCUUUAAUGAUAUCAUAAAAAAUCCUCGUCCUAAGACAACUUUUGAAGUUGGAAUGUUAGCUGGUGAUUCAUGGAAGAAGGUCAAAAGUAAUAAAGGAAAUGGCCAGAGCAAUGGCAAUGGCAUUACCAAUAAAUCCAAAUUACCAGUUCCUUCUAUUGUAGACCCAAAGCCUAAGCAACAGGAUCACAAGUCUGAUUCAGAUUCCGAGGAAGAGAUGGUCGAGGGCUUCUUGACUGUCUCUGACAGAAAGGAGAACUAUGAACUUCCAUCGCAAGCUGAUCUCAUACGUCAGGCUUUUGCUGGUGAUGAUGUUGAAGCUGAAUUUGAGAAAGACAAAAUGGAUGUUUUAAAUGAGGAGAAUCCUGAACCUGAAAAGCCUGCUCUUGUUCCUGGCUGGGGCCAGUGGACAGACAUCCAACAGAAAAAGGACUUCCCUCAUGGAUGA